AGGGUCGGCAUGUCAAAACGGGUCAGCUGGCAGCCAUCAAAGUCAUGGACGUUACCGAGGAUGAAGAAGAAGAAAUCAAACUGGAGAUUAAUAUGCUAAAGAAAUACUCUCAUCAUAGAAAUAUUGCAACUUAUUAUGGUGCGUUCAUUAAGAAAAGUCCUCCAGGACAUGAUGACCAACUGUGGCUUGUUAUGGAGUUUUGUGGAGCAGGCUCUAUCACAGACCUUGUGAAGAACACAAAAGGGAAUACUCUGAAAGAAGACUGGAUAGCAUAUAUCUCCAGAGAGAUUCUCCGGGGGUUGGCACAUCUUCAUGCUCAUCAUGUGAUUCACAGGGAUAUCAAAGGCCAAAAUGUGUUGUUAACAGAGAACGCAGAAGUGAAACUCGUGGAUUUCGGUGUGAGCGCUCAGCUGGACAGGACAGUUGGCAGGAGAAACACUUUUAUUGGAACUCCGUACUGGAUGGCUCCAGAAGUCAUUGCCUGUGAUGAAAAUCCAGAUGCUACGUAUGAUUACAGAAGUGACCUUUGGUCCUGCGGCAUUACAGCCAUAGAGAUGGCAGAAGGAGCUCCCCCGCUUUGUGACAUGCAUCCCAUGAGGGCACUCUUUCUGAUACCCAGGAACCCUCCACCGCGGUUAAAAUCCAAGAAAUGGUCAAAAAAGUUUUUCAGCUUUAUAGAAGGCUGUCUAGUGAAGAAUUACAUGCAGCGACCUUCUACAGAGCAACUCUUGAAACAUCCCUUUAUACGUGACCAACCAAAUGAAAGGCAAGUCCGAAUCCAGCUUAAGGACCAUAUAGACAGGACCAGGAAGAAGAGAGGAGAGAAAGAUGAGACGGAGUAUGAAUAUAGUGGAAGUGAGGAAGAAGAGGAGGAAGUGCCUGAACAAGAAGGAGAGCCAAGUUCCAUUGUCAAUGUGCCUGGAGAAUCAACCCUCCGACGUGAUUUCCUGAGACUACAGCAGGAAAACAAGGAACGGUCCGAGGCCCUUCGGAGACAGCAGCUGCUGCAGGAGCAGCAGCUCCGCGAGCAGGAGGAAUACAAGAGGCAGCUGCUGGCAGAGAGGCAGAAGCGCAUCGAGCAGCAGAAGGAGCAAAGAAGGCGGCUAGAAGAGCAACAAAGGAGAGAACGGGAAGCUCGAAGGCAACAGGAGCGUGAGCAAAGGCGGAGAGAACAGGAAGAAAAGAGACGUCUGGAAGAAAUGGAGAGGAGGCGUAAGGAAGAGGAAGAGAGAAGAAGAGCAGAGGAGGAAAAGAGGAGGGUAGAAAGGGAACAGGAGUAUAUCAGGCGACAGCUAGAAGAGGAGCAGCGGCACUUGGAAAUUCUACAGCAGCAGCUGCUCCAGGAGCAGGCCAUGUUACUGGUAAAGCACUAUCACCGGCGGCAGCACCAGCAGCAACAGCAGCAGCAGCAGCAGCAGCAAGAAAGGAAUAAACAAAGCUAUCAUACCCCUGAGCCAAAAUCCCACUAUGAGCCUGCUGAAAGAGCACGUGAGGUGGAGGAGAGGUUUAGAAAAACUAAUCAGGGGUCCCCUGAAGCACAGUCUAAGCAGAUGGGCAAAGUGUUGGAGCCACCAGUGCCUUCAAGAUCAGAGUCCUUUUCCAAUGGAAACUCAGAACCUGCUCAGCCUGCCCUGCAGAGGCCAAUGGAGCCCCAGGUACCUGUGAGAACAACGUCCCGAUCACCAGUCCUGUCCCGUCGUGAUUCUCCACUGCAGGGCAGUGGGCAGCAAAAUAACCAAGCAGGUCAAAGAAACUCCACGAGCAAUAUAGAGCCUCGUCUGCUGUGGGAAAGGGUGGAGAAGCUCGUACCAAGGCCGGGCAGUCAGAGCGGGUCUGGGAAGCGUUUCCGGAGGCUCUCAUCAUCCAAAUCAGAGGGCUCGCCAUCGCAGCGUCAUGAGAGUGCACCUAAAAAGCCUGAAGAGAAAAAGGAAGUCUUCAGACCUAUCAAGCCUGCUGAUUUAACUGCAUUGGCAAAGGAAUUGCGAGCGGUAGAGGAUGUGCGACCUCCACAUAAAGUGACGGAUUAUUCAUCCUCAAGUGAGGAGUCAGGGACGACAGAUGAGGAAGAUGAUGAUAUGGAACAAGAAGGAGCAGAUGAAUCUACUUCUGGACCAGAUGAUGUCCGAGCAGUGUCAACGUUGAACUUGAGCAAUGGUGAAACAGAGUCGGUGAAAACCAUGAUUGUCCAUGAUGAUGUGGAGAGUGAACCUGCCUUGACUCCUUCUAAGGAAGGCACCUUGAUUGUCCGACAGAGUACAGUUGACAAAAAGCGUGCCAGCCAUCAUGAGAGCAAUGGCUUUGCCGGUCGCAUUCACCUCUUGCCAGAUCUCUUACAGCAAAGCCAUUCCUCCUCCACUUCCUCCACCUCCUCCUCCCCAUCCUCCAGCCAGCCGACACCCACCAUGUCCCCACAGACACCCCAGGACAAGCUAACUACUAAUGAGACUCAGUCCGCUAGUAACACACUCCAGAAACACAAAUCUUCCUCCUCCUUUACACCUUUUAUAGACCCCAGAUUACUACAGAUUUCUCCAUCUAGUGGGACAACUGUGACUUCUGUGGGAUUUUCUAGCGAAGCAAUGAGAUCAGAGGCAAUAAGGCAAGACCCUACGCGGAAAGGAUCAGUUGUCAAUGUGAAUCCCACCAACACGCGGCCACAGAGUGAUACCCCAGAGAUUCGCAAAUACAAGAAGAGAUUCAAUUCUGAGAUACUGUGUGCUGCCUUAUGGGGAGUGAACUUGUUGGUGGGCACUGAAAGUGGUCUGAUGCUGCUAGACAGAAGUGGUCAGGGGAAGGUUUAUCCACUCAUCAAUCGAAGACGAUUCCAGCAAAUGGAUGUGCUUGAAGGACUGAAUGUCUUGGUGACAAUUUCUGGUAAGAAGAACAAGUUGCGAGUUUACUAUUUGUCCUGGUUAAGAAAUAAAAUCCUUCACAACGACCCUGAAGUAGAAAAGAAACAGGGCUGGACGACGGUGGGUGACUUGGAAGGCUGUGUGCACUAUAAAGUUGUAAAAUAUGAAAGAAUCAAGUUCUUGGUAAUUGCAUUGAAGAGUUCUGUGGAAGUCUAUGCAUGGGCACCAAAGCCAUACCAUAAAUUUAUGGCCUUUAAGUCGUUUGGAGAAUUGGUACAUAAGCCAUUGCUGGUGGAUCUAACCGUAGAAGAAGGUCAGAGACUAAAAGUGAUCUAUGGCUCCUGUGCUGGCUUCCAUGCCGUUGACGUGGAUUCAGGAUCGGUCUAUGAUAUUUAUUUACCAACACAUAUCCAGAGCAGUAUCCAACCUCAUGCAAUCAUCAUUCUCCCAAACACGGAUGGAAUGGAGCUACUGGUCUGCUAUGAGGAUGAAGGAGUUUACGUCAACACGUACGGAAGGAUCACCAAGGAUGUGGUUCUGCAGUGGGGAGAAAUGCCAACUUCAGUUGCGUACAUCCGAUCCAACCAGAUUAUGGGCUGGGGAGAAAAAGCUAUCGAGAUACGAUCGGUGGAAACUGGACACUUGGACGGUGUGUUCAUGCACAAAAGGGCACAAAGGCUCAAGUUCUUAUGCGAACGCAAUGACAAGGUUUUCUUUGCCUCCGUGCGGUCGGGUGGAAGCAGUCAAGUCUAUUUCAUGACCCUUGGCAGGACUUCUCUUCUGAGCUGGUAGAAGCAGUGGGAUUUGGUGAGGAAUUGCUGACAUCCAGAGCCUGAGAUCUUCAUAACUCGGAAUUCUUUUCAACUGGAGUACAGACCUGCACGAGUGCAGCACUCUGUGUAAAUGUGUGUGCAGGCAUCACUGGUGUUAGGUUUCUUUUUGUUUUUCAACUGAGGCUGCGACGCAGCUGGUGCUGUAAAGAUAUUGCCAUCAGGUGCUACAAUGUCUUUGAGAUUUGGGAUCACGCUAGAAAGCUACAGGUCUUCUUUUCCCUUCAGCUCCAGGAUUCCUAGGCUUUGAAGGACUCUGUCUGUUAGUGCUAAAACAGAGUGGGGGGGAAGAAA